AUGGCCAUUGAGGUGCAGUAUACUGGCCUGCAGUGGGGCUACGAGCUCAACUAUGAGGGCUACAAUCUCCCGGCUUCUGAGGCCUGGCCAGGUGUGCCAACGUUUCUAACGGCCAUUGAGACCUUCUUCGGCUGCUUCUUCCUCCUGGAGGUGGUUCUCAAGCUAUGUGCGCUUGGGAAGGAGUUCCUAUGUGACCCAUGGAACUGGUUUGAUUCUUUGCUGGUGCUGCUGUGGCUGGUGGACACGCUGCUGACAAACCUGCCGAUUGAGACGCCCUUCUUGAGGUUGAUCCGCCUCAUGCGACUCAUUCGUCUUGUCAAGCUGGUAAGAGCUAUUCAGGGCUUCGAUUCUCUCAUUGUGAUGACUACGGCUUUACAGCAUUCCGUCAACGCCCUCCUGUGGGUCGCAGUCAUCAUGAUAAUGGUUCAACUGCUGUUUGCCCUUCUCCUCAACCAAGUACUGAUGACAUUUGUUGCUGGCUCCUUUUUCGAUUUCUCAGUGCAAGAGCAGACGCAACUUUUUGAGUAUUUCGGUACAUUCCCAAGAGCUAUGCUGACAAUGUUCCAGAUGACUCUUGGUACUUGGGUGCCCGUGGCACGGAUUCUCCAGGAAGUUGUCAGCCCCGCCUUCAACGUUAUCACAAUCCUUCAUAAAGUGACCGUCGGCUUCGCUUGUAUUGGGGUCAUUAAUGGAGUAUUCAUGCAAGAAACUAUGCGAGUGGCGCAGACAGAUGACGUCAUCAUGAUGAGGGAUGUGGCAAGGAAAGAGAAGAUCCACGGCAAGAAGAUGCAGGAUUUUUUCCAUUACACGAACCGCGUAGGCUCCACGAUUACCAGAUCAGACUGGAAUGCUGUCAUGGAGAACGCUGGUGCCCGGCACUGGUUUACGGCCCAAGGACUUGCGAUGCACGAUCCUGAUGUUGUGUUCUGCCUCCUGGACCAAGACAACAAGGGAUGCAUUACUGUGCAAGAGCUGCUCCGAGGAGUGUCUCAACUGCAGGGGCCUGCGCGCAGCAUGGACUUGGCAAGCCUUGCCGAGAGCAACCGCCGGCUUCUUGCGGAAGUCAAGGAUUUGCUGCAGAACUCACGAUCCGAGAAUGUGUCCGCUUCAAGAAAGCGUGCAAAGGAAGCAGGUACUGUUCGCUUCAAGCCGGGCGACAUUUCGGCACCAACAUCACCUCACCUUUCAACACUGUACAGAUCAAAUGAAGCCAUAGUACUUUAG